AUGGUUAAAGGUUUAAUUUUAUCAAUACAAACAAUACGAAAUGAAGGAAUUGAUAAGAAAAUUGAAUUUGGUAAAGUUAUUCUUAAUGAUCUCGGUGUUAAAGCAAAUAUUUCUGAUAAACGAAAGAGGGAAGUGAAAAAAUUAGAUUUUGAGUUAAUUGAAGACGAUUUGCAAGCUUUAUCUCAACAGAAUGAAUUUAAAAAAGAUAUUUUUGAAGUGUAUGAUCGAAUUCUUACAGAAUUAUACAAUCGAUUUGAAAAUAUGUCUGAAAUUAAUGAAAAUUUUGGAUUUUUGUAUGGUAGUAGCCUAAUGGACCACUCUAUGGACUAUAUACAAAAAUGUGCAGCUGACUUAUCUUUAAAAUAUGAAACCGAUUUAAAUUCUUCCGAUUUUAUCUCUGAAAUAAAAGAUUUUAAAUGUCAAGCAUUUUCUCUUUUACCUGACUUAAGAGCUGCAACACCAUUAACCUUACAUCAAUUAAUUACAACAUAUUCUUUACGUGCUGAAUAUCCAAAUGUGGAAACAGCUUUACGCAUAUUCUUGACUUUACCAAUAACUAUGGCGACGUCUACAAUGGGACAAGAACGAAUAUCCGAUAUGGCUAUUUUAUCCAUUGAACAUACAUUGGUAAAUACUUUGAAUAUAGACGAACUCAUUGAAGACUUUGCUGGGAAAAAAGCUAGAAAAAUUGCAAUUUAA